UUUAUUUGACAGCACGGAUAACAGGGUUGUAUAGCUCUACUAGUCACUACGCCAAACCCAGAGCGAAGUGUCGCAGGUUCGAUUCGCGCGUAGGGUGUUUUAUCAAGGAUUGUGUAAGUCUGUGAAUGUGACUUGAAUGCUUGUGAAACAACCCAAUUUAAUUCUUUAAAGCGGGAUUCGGGAGUCUUUCAUAGAAAAAGACAAAUUAAUACGUCCAUUUGUCAAAUUGUCCCUUGUCUCUCUUUGUGUAGAACGUUAAUCUUAAAAAUUCGGCAAAAAAAAAUAAAGGUUUAUAAGGUCUGCAUAUUCUUCUUAGAAUUAAUAAUACGAUUCGCUUCAAAAAAACUUUUUGAAUUAAAGUGCUUUGGUAUUUUAAUUCAUUAAUUUCAAUGUGUUUCAAAAUGAAAUGAGUUGUCUCAAAAACUACUCUUUUCUUGUUGAAUAAUGAAUUGAAUUGAAGACUUUAUUUGGUCGCCUUCAAAACGAAAUCGCAAAACUUAUCGCAGCAUCAAUUUCACUUACACUUAACUAUUACGACACAAGCAGGAGAAACUAGAGUGUUACAAUUUAAAAACCAGUUGAAUAAAUUUAUAAAACUUGCGAACAUAACAUAGCGUAAUCGGCCUAACAUAAUUUAUCCGGUUUGAAUUAUGAACAAUAUUAAGCCCCCGCCAUCUUGCCGCGACCUUUCCCGCCACCAAUCUGACAUUACCGCGUUUUGGCGCGAACCGAACGCGAGUUUGCAUUCAGCCAGCGUCGCGAUUUAUAAUUUUAUUUUUACGCGGCAAUUGUGAAUUGAAAGUGAAUUAUUUGAAUCAAAAAACUGUUUGAUUUAAUUUAUUUGUGCAUGGUUGAAUUAGUGUUAUUCUUAUGAAUGUGUGGUGAAUUUAGAAUAAUAAUUCGCCGAUACUCAGAUGGCUAAUAUAAAAUGUACCACCGUGGGAGAAAGAAAAUGAAGCUCAUUAUCAGUGCCAUACUCCUGCUGAGUGUCCCAGCGAACUGCUUACCAAAGUCCAUCGUCUCCAGCCAGGAGCCGCCCAAGUAUGGAGAAGAGAACCUCGACAACACCAUCAUAGAUUUCGAUGAAGAAUACAACCUUAAGUACAACAAGAAAUAUGGGAACGUCCCCUGGAACUCUAACGAAAACUUCAACAAAGAAACACACAGAUACACCAUAGUCAAAGAUUUCGAUAAGAAACUAGAAAAUAAUGAUAGAAAUAAAACCGAUGCCAAAUUAGAAACAACAUCAACCUUAGAUUAUAGUGUUAUACCUUUAGAACUGAUAAGUACAACUGAUAAUACUCCAGUAAGUGUAGAAAGUAGUGCAGAACUUGAUUUGACGGUGAUACCGCUGUCGACGACGAAACGAACACCGACUACUUUAAGACCAACGACUUUACCGACUUCGACACAAGAAAUAGACACCACAACGGAUUUUUCUGAUAGCAAAACGACGAGUGACCUUCCCGUUACAGAGAAAUAUACAAGCAAAUACACAAUAUCGACAACUGAGGCCGACACACAAACAACAUACGAUACGACAACAGACAUAUCUGCAAGUGAAACACAAAGCACUUUGGCGCCUUUAAGAAACGCGACCGAAGUAAUCUUUGAAUCAACAACUACUAUAAAACCAGAAAAAAAUAACAGAAAGAAUUUGAGCAGAAUCGAUGUGAGUACAGAAUCUGAGGAUUCAGACGUUCCAAUAUUCACAGAAUUGGAUACCGAAGACCAGGCCGAGGUACCUGAGGAUUACUAUGAUGCUAAGGACGUGGUCCCGACCACAGCUCCUAAGACCGAUGCAUUAUCAGUGAUAUUUGGUUUGGCUGGGAGCGUCGUGGAGAGUGUGGUGGAAAGUGUGGCAGAGAGAGUAGUACCGAAGGGAAUUGUGGACUUGUUUAGGAGGAUGCAGAGACAGAGCGAGAUGUUGGAGGCUGAGAGAUUGAGGAGUCGGGAGGAGAAUGGAGGAAUUGGUCAAUUUGGACGAGGUAUCCUCAAGACUAUUUCGUCUGGCAUCAGCAAGCCUCUGAGCCAGCUGAUGGCCGGGGUCAGGGACAUUGGAUCUUUGGACAACGACCGCGGCUUCAUCACCAGCCUGGCCUCAGGAGUCACCAGCGUCGCCAACGUCGCUAACUCCGUCGUGGACACGUUUAAGGACAGAGUGCAGGCUAUUUAUCCUGGCACGGUUUGGUGUGGUGACGGGCGCUCGGCCACGGCUCGCUCCAGCGACUUGGGGCUGUUCUUCUUCACGGACACCUGCUGCCGCCAGCAUGAUGCUUGCAAGCUCUACAUCAAGGCUGGAGAGACCAAGUAUGGACUCACCAACACUGGACUGUUCACCAGAUCCCACUGCAGUUGCGACGCGAAGUUCCGCGAGUGCCUGCACCGCACCAACUCGCUGGUGUCGGCGCAGAUCGGCGUCACCUACUUCAACAUCCUCGGGCCGCAGUGCUUCCGCAACGCGCACCCCAUCGUCAAGUGCGUCAAGAAGACCAGGAUUACGGGCCAGAAAUGUGAGGAGUACGAGUUGGACUACACCAAGCCUAAGAUGUGGCAGUGGUUUGACAACGAGACCUUCUGAUCAUCAUGAAGACAACAUUUUUUAAUGGCCUAUAAUCAGGCCUAUACGUGCCUUACAGUGGCCUUGGCCCAACCAUGAAAGCCUGGCCUGGAUAAAACAAUACUAUCCGAAUACUGUACUAUUGCUUAAGUUACGGUAUCCUCUGCACCUUAAAGUGGCAGACUUGAUGCCACUUUAAGGUGCAGCCUUAGACGAAAGGAUGUGCUAGUGUUCGGAUUGAGGCCACUUCCUUAAUUGGAAUUUAAAUUAAACCUCCAAAAGAACAAAUUUUAGUCAUGAAUGCCUUUGUAAGAAAUUUUGUAGAAAUUGAUUUUACAAAUGACAAAUUUAAAUGUAAAUAAAUAAUUUUAUAGUUAUUUAUUGCCUGACUAACAAUGUCCCAUCCGUAGCGAGAUAUAUUAUAAUUUUAAGAUGUUUUUUAUAUAAGUUUAUUUUAUAAUUAAACUAUAUGAAAGUACAAUAAAUUUUUAUAUGUAAUUUUAGCUUUUUCAUUUGUUAUUUUUUUACGUGGCCCUAAUAACUUUUAAUAGGUUUACAUAAUCAAUAAUGGGCUGUUGGUCAAGUCGUCGUCGUGUCGCAAGUUCGAUCCCCGCGUAGGACAAACAUUUGUGUGAUCCACGAGUGCU